AUGUCACUAUAUCCUACUUUUGAGGACCUGAAGGUUGAUGGAAUACUGAAAGCACAAGGCCAGGCCUUGCUGGAUAGUACUCAGUCUUCGCCAGAGAGCUAUGCGCAACUGGCCAAUUUUAUGGGCCUAACAUUAGACAAUUUCCAGUAUAAUGAGAAAGGCGAACUCGUUCCACGACCUCAGUCGGUUGCACCGUCUACCGGAAACAUUCCUGCUACUCCACAGGCUGGCGCAAUUUGUGCACAAACCGGAUCGCAAGCAAUAAUCGGGUUCCAGGAAUGCCCACCAUCCAUUCGACCCGGUGUCCGUCGAGUAGUUGGCUGUAAAGAUAGUCGCGGAAGGCUGGGGGUGCAGUUGAUUGAUGUUGACAAGGGCGUUUUUGUCUCGCUGGUCCAGAAAGAUUCACCGGCAGCUCUAGCCGGUUUGUGCUUUGGUGACCAAAUUCUAUCCAUCAACGGUGUCGUUGUCGCUGGUAUGUCUGGUACUAAAGCUAUGGAUCUUAUUCGCCGUGCACCGGUCAAUGGCAUUGAAUUUGUGGUCCGUGACAGGUGUGUUGUUUAUUACAAUCAAGUUUGA